UUGAUAAACUGUAAUUUCGUACUUCGCGCUACUUAGUAAGCUUCACGUCUAAGCAUGGCAGGGAACAUGAAGAAGUUUUAUGAUCUGUCCGCCAAACUUUUGUCUGGGGAAGUGCUGAAUUUUGCCUCGCUGAAAGGAAAAGUUGUGCUUAUUGAAAAUGUAGCGUCGCUCUGAGGCACAACAGUCAGGGACUACACUCAGAUGAACGAGCUCCACAGCCGAUAUGCGGAUCAGGGGCUGGUUAUCCUGGGUGCUCCCUGCAACCAGUUCGGACAUCAGGAGAACUGCAAGAAUGAAGAAAUCCUGCUCUCUCUGAAAUACGUCCGUCCUGGAAAUGGCUUCGAGCCCAAAUUCCAGCUUCUAGAGAAGCUGGAAGUAAAUGGUCAGAAUGCCCACCCUUUGUUCGUGUUCCUCAAAGAGAAGCUGCCUCAGCCUAGUGACGACUCCAUUUCUCUGAUGACUGAUCCCAAGUUCAUCAUCUGGAGUCCCGUGAACAGGAAUGACAUCUCUUGGAACUUUGAGAAGUUCUUGAUUGGACCGGAUGGAGAACCACUGAAGCGCUACAGCCGCAGGUUCCUCACCAUCGACAUUGAGGCCGACAUCCAAGAGCUUCUCAAGAGGGCGAAGUAAACAUCUUGGCCUCCUGGUGUUGUGGGCAAGCAAGAUAGUGACCAUAAGCUGCCGUCCAUUGCCUAUCACAUGUAACCAGUGCUACUGAGAUAAGAUUGUUGUUUGAUUCAGGCCAACUGUGCAGACAUGGUUAGAGUGCGACUGUGUUUUAGACUGUUUACUCAAUGACGAUUCUUCCUAAAAUCCUUCUGAGGGAAGUCUCUGAUGUAAAUGUAAAUGUUUAUUACAACAAUUGCAUUUUGACCAUGAACUGCAGAGCUCAGCUGUAAUCUUGCAACUUUUUAUUGAAAAAUAAACACUUCUAAAAAAUU